CUCACUUUCCUUCAUCCUGUCCCUUCAGCUCCCUCAAAGCCCUCACUCUCCCCUCGUCCUGUCACCUCACCCCGAGCACACCACCCGCCCAGAGCGAGAGCUCAAGGCCGUGGUGUUCUCCUGGCCCACAGAUCCCAGUCCGGACCACACAUCCAUCCGAGCCCCCUCGGGAAGAGGGCGAGAUCCCCGCCGCUCGGUUUUGUUUCAAUGCCCUGGGAACCCUGUCUACAAAAAUGACAGCUCGAGCCCUCUGGCUUCUCUGUUUGAUCAUCGGAUGGUCCCCCGCAGCCCCGGUGGCGGAGAGAAAAGCCCCGCCGCCGCACCGAAAGCCCGGCGCCCGGGAAACGCCGGGGCCGCGCGCGCAGCCUCUGCCCGAGUUCGCGCGCCGGCCGCGAGCCGCGGACGCAGGGCCGCGCGCCUGGCCCGACCCCCGGCGCCGGAAGCCCGCGCCGCCCGCGCCGCCCGCCGACAACCGCGCCGGCUUCCGGGAUGCGGCGCGCUCGCCCGCAGGGCUUCCGGGCCCGCGCCUGGCCCAGGCGGACAACCGCGCGUCCCCGCCCGAGGACUCCCCGCGGCGCGCGCGCUCUCGGGGCCCGCGACCCCAGGCCGCGCGCGCCUCCGGCCCCGCCCACCCGAACCGGCCGCGCGCCGCCGCGCAGCCCUCCGGAAGCCCGCGGGCGCUGGCGCCCGAGCACGCCGAGCCGGACACCCAGUCCUGCGCGCGCGCCUGCAGCGCGGACGCGGACGAGCGCGAGGCUUACUGCGCCAGCGAAUUCGCAGCCGUGAAUGGGAUCGUGCACGACGUGGACGUGUUGGGCGCGGGCAUGCGGCUGGUUACUCUGCUGGUGGACCCCGACGGGCUGUACAAGAUGAGCCGCCUGUACAUCACUCCCGACGGCUUUUUCUUCCGAGUGCACAUACUAGCCCUGGACUCCUCCAGUUGCCAUAAGCCGUGUCCAGAAUUUAAACCUGGAAGCCGGUAUAUUGUGAUGGGUCACAUCUACCAUAAGCGGCGGCAGCUACCUACUGCUCUGCUCCAAGUCCUGAGAGGACGCCUGCGUCCAGGAGACGGACUGCUCAGGGGUAGCAGCAGCUAUGUGAAAAGAUUUAACCGAAAUCGGGAGUGGCAAGUUCGAGGUGCCAGCCACACCCGGUGCAUCUGAACAGACCCGACUUGGCACUUGUGAACUCGGCAGUAAGACACGGAAAGCUGGUCUUCACAUAGCAGGGCUCUUUCUAUUUGAAACUGGGCCCACAGCUUAAGAACUCCUUGUGCAGCUUAACUUCAAAGCUGCCACUUCAUUUACAGAAUGCUGACAAGGUGUGCUCCAGAGCACAGUGGGGGAGUUCGGCAAAGCAGUAACAGAGUGAACACACACUUGACCUGCCCAAUCAACAGACCACACCACUUCGUGUCCUUUUUUUUAAGUUAUUUUAAUUUAAUACAUUUUUUUCCAGUAGAAAUAGUACACAAAACCUUUCUUGAAUUUAAAUAUACAACUUUGAAUAGUA